GCGGUCGUGGCACCUUAGAAGUCAAGUGUAAGUGAAGGUGUCCUCAGCAUCGGCUACCCGGUGGUAUGGUCACGAAGACCAUACCUACCGCGGUAUCGAUUGAAUCGACUCAAGCUGACCAGUUUGAGUUCAGGGUUGGCGUUGUCACGGGGAUAUGUGUAACCGCGUUGUGUGUGCUAAUUCGCAUGUACGCGAGGGGGAGAUCUGGGAAAGCGAACAGUAGGAAGGGGAGGUGGUCCAAUUGCGGGUGCUAUUGGAUGGAGAGCGGCGGUUUCACCUCCAACCAGCAGCCACCUCACGUGGCGCAGUAUCCAGGAGGGAACGCGGCAUCGAACCCGUUGCCACCUGGCGUGCCCCCUGGAGUGUCGUCGCAACAGCAGUAUGCGACAUAUACCGGCGUGCACGUACCACCCGCUACUUUUCGACCGGCUUCUUUUCAACCGGCCAAUAUGCCUCUAUCGUACCAAGUGCCGCAGCAAGCUGCGUGGAGUGCGCAACAAUUGCUACCGGUGAACACAUGGCAGAACGGGCAAUGGACAGCGCAGGGUCAUCCUCCGGGCCCAGCGCCGGCUCAAGUUACUGCUACUGUGCCUACUCCUGCUCCAGUAUUCGCAGGUCAUCCGCACGGUAGCAAUACUCACAAUGGUCAUGGCGCCGGACCAUCGACGGCAGGUGGAGGGGGUAAAGGACCUGCUGCUAACAAUUUCCCAGGUCCGGGGAAUCGAGCAUACUUUACGAAGGAGUACAUGGAGAUUCUCGAGGGAAUCAAGAUAGAGAAGGUUCUCGAUCAAGCCAAGAAGAAGACAGGCGUGCAGAAGAGAAGCGGUGUGAGGAUUGUGGAGCUUCCGGAUGAGGAAAGCCGCUCAGAGACACGUCCAAGCGAAAAGAGUGAUGACAUGAAGGCCUGGGUCACCUCCACUCUCGGGAACUCAUUGAAACUUACCAAUGAGAAACUCGAAGAAGUGGAUCAGAAAGCGAAGAUAACCACCUGCGAGCGAGCGGAAUUGGAGCAAUUGCGGUUGGAAAAACAGAAAGCUGAGAAAGCUGAGAAGGAGAGUAGGGAGUCUAGCAGCGAGAAAAGGAAGCGAAAUGCAGCCCGCAUACCGGUUGAAAACUCGCCGCCCGCCGGGCGGGUCAAGUCCAGGUCUUGUGCCAGCUCGAAGACACGGCCUAAACGGAUCGACAUCUCAGAUGAUGAAGGGGUCGCUGAUGUUAAGCAAAAUGUGGAACCAAAGAUGGAGAGUUCCAGCGAGCUGGCAGAUAUCAAGCAAAUGCUCGCUGCACUUCUCCAAGGCUGAGUAAUCCCAAAGGCAAGAACAAGGUUGUUGAACCUCAAUCUUCGACCCCUGUUGUAGUGGAGGAUGACGAAGACAUCGACCUAGCCCAGAAUGCUAACGCUAAUGAAGAAGAAGAAACUGA